AUGUUGGCUCUUCAUGAGCCAGCCAUGUCUGUCUCUUUAGUAGGCAGACCAGAACCUCCUAACACACUUUUAAGCAAAAAUAGAUCUAUGUGCAUGGCAAAAAAAAGUGUUAGUAGUGUUCUCGUAGCAGAAGUCAGUGAUAUCAUCUUCUCAGGGAAAGAACCGAAUCUGAAAUCAGGAGCUAUUGAUAUAGAAGUCGGUUGUGCACUCAUUCCAGUAUGCAGCUGCUAUAAUAUCAUGAUUAAUGCCGAGGAUAUAGAAGAAGGGGACGAGGGCGAACCCAUGCCACAUAUGAAGAUGAAAGCACUGUGCGGCAAUGCCUGUUCGCGUCUCUUUUAUGGCUAGGAGUAGCGUCCUAGUCGUGGAAGAGACAUAAGCGCGUCAAGCAUGUUGUCAGUAUCGAGGAGUGAUGUAGAUCUAUAGAUUUCAAGUGAGUCGUCCAGCACAAAAAGUCUAGCUAUAGAACUUCGAAGAAGGCACUCUGCUGCACUAUUUAUAGUGAAUAAAAAACAGGAUGUUAUUCAUUACCAACACGACCCCGAGUACAAAUAGAAGUGGUACGUAUUACGCAAAAGGAUGCAGUUGUAGUAUGUUCUUACACGAAUCAUAUGACAACAAUUUUCUUCAUUGCAAAUGAAUUCAUUCAAAGCAACGCACGGAGACGGACACGAAACGACUUCGAGCUCAUUCUUCGAGCUCGUGUGUUCUCCUCUAAAACUAUAACAGGC